AGUUCUAGAUCCAUCCACCUGAGGGCGCUCUCUCUUGGAAAUAAGGUACCUGUUGCCUUGGCGACACGUUGCUAAGCUUUUUGUUUACGUCGUAAGCUAGCACGAGUUUCACGAAGUCCAGAACAUAGGCUAGCUUUCGCUAUUUUAUGGUAGUUUUGUUCUUAGAGUGUCUUUUAUUUGUAUUAAAUCGCCGGGGCGUUUAAAAUGGAUUCCACUAGUUUGUAUUACUCUUUAGAUCUAGUCUCCGGCGCAGGUUUAACUCUGAGCAGUGAACAGAAAGCAGCCCUUCAGACCUCACUGGUCAUCUUACAGAAAAACUAUAAAUUUCACCGUGUUCUGUUCUGGGGGAAAAUCCUGGGAAUAAAGGGGGAUUAUUUCAUCGCUCAGGGUGUAACAGACGAUGAGAUGAGAAACAAGAAGACGUUAUACAGUUUUGAUUGCAUGGACUGGGACUUGCUGCCACCACCUACGGACGAGAUGAUCGCGGAGGUCAACACUGCGGCAAGUGGGCGUUUCAUGGGAGACCCCUCACAUGAGUACGAACAUACGGAGACUCGGCGACAUGGAGAGGGGGACGAGGCGGUGGAGGAGGACAUUGUCGUAAAGGUUAGCGAAGAGAAGCGUUUGGCCACUACCGUGUUUACCAUUGAUCAGGAGGUGUCUGUGGUUCCACGGGGCGCUUACAUCAAGAGUCCUCACGGGACGGUGCAGACAAACCGCAGCUUUGAGGGUCUGUCAGUUAGUGAGGCUGGGAAGCUGAGAAACUAUCUACAUUUCAAUGAGCCUAAGUGCCUCAGGAAGCUGUCUAUCCUCGAGAUGGCCGACUCAGACCCUUGCAGAGACUUCUUGGAUCCUCUGAGCGAAGAUAUACCUAAAGGUUCGUGGAGUAUCCAGUUUGAACGUGGCAGCAGUGUGUGUGUCCUGCGCUCCCUUCUCUGGCUGGGGCUCAGUUUCUACCACAUCCCUGGAACUCCACAGCACGGAUAUGUCUACAUGGGGACUGGCCUUAAGAAUCUGGACCUGCCCUUUAUGCUGUGAACACACACACACACACACACACACACACAUAUUAACCAAUCACAUGCGACGAGACACAGACGACAACGACAAACCCAAAUGAAUUUCUCAUGACUUAUUUUAUUUACAGUGAAUAAAGGCUCUGGAACUCUGCA